CACCGGGAAUUCAAAGUAAACCAGCGCAUCAAAGAAAUGGAGUUGAUGAGCAGGCUAGCUGAGGCUAAUCUCCGUUUGUCUCAUGCCGAGAUAUCCUACCAGCAGGACACAGCUUGGAUAGAAUUGAACAAAGCACAUGAAGCCGCCUCCGAUCUGUUGACUCCUACGCACUCACCACCCGAUGUGCCCCAUCCAGGUUAUCCAUCGUCGGACGGACGCUAUCCUGACCGACCAGCCACUGACGAGGUCGUGAAGGUUCGCCCAUCGUUGGAGCAUUCUAUUACCAGGAUGGAAGUCAGCAGGCGUCCGAAAGAUCAGGUUAGUGCACCAGAAAUUCUUAGUGAUUGA